GAUACUCGCUCUCACUCCUGCACCUGCUCCUGUAGUUUUCCUUCGUCUGAUCUGAUUCUGAGUUCCAGUUCCAUUGAUUUUAAUGUUUAUCUAUCAAGUACACUUCCUUCCUAUGUUCUUGAGUAGUUAGUUGAUGUGUCUUCGUUUGAUCUUUGUGUGAGAAGGGAAAUAAUUAUGUACUUCACUUCUUUUUUCAAUAAUUAAUAUUCAGUUUUGUGUUCAUCGUUAACAGUAAUCUGGUUUUACAAACAUGAAUGACGAGGUUCAGAACGUCGGUAUUAGGUUGAUACCUAAAACAACUCCUAUUACGGAGGAUUAUGAAAUAUAUGAUACUGUUCUAGGAUUAGGAAUUAAUGGGAAGGUAGUGAAAUGCAAAAACAAGAAAACUAAGCAGAUGCACGCACUCAAGGUUUUGGAUGAUGGUACCAAAGCAAGAGGAGAAGUUGAAAUCCACAGGAGAGUGAGCGGACAUAAGCAUAUUGUGAAAAUUAUCGAUGUGUACCGGAACUCAAGUGGUCAUAGAGAUCGAUUAUAUGUUAUCAUGGAAUGUAUGGAAGGAGGUGAACUGUUCCAAAGAAUUCAGGAACAACCAGACGGCUCAUUCACUGAAAGAGAAGCGGCUGAAAUAAUGCGACAUAUUUGCUCAGCUGUAAAGUAUCUUCAUGAUCGAGCUAUUGCACAUAGAGACCUCAAACCAGAGAACCUUCUGUAUUCUAGUAAAGAUGCUGAUGGAAUUUUGAAACUGACAGACUUUGGUUUUGCAAAGGAAACCGAUUCCAAGGCGACUCUGCAGACCCCUUGCUUCACACCGUACUACGUUGCACCAGAAGUACUGGGUCCCGAUAAAUAUGGCAAGAACUGCGAUAUUUGGUCUCUAGGAGUUAUAAUGUAUAUUUUACUAUGCGGAUUCCCACCGUUCUUCAGCAACCAUGGCCACGCUUUGUCUCCUGGUAUGAAGAAAAGAAUUCGUACCGGACAGUACGACUUCUCAAGUCCUGAGUGGAGCAAUGUGUCCCAAGAUGCUAAGGAUCUUAUCUCGGGAAUGAUUUGUGUGGAUCCGAACGCACGUUUGACCAUAGAUCAGGUCAUGGAAAACAGGUGGAUUAAGCUCUACACUGAGGUCCCUCAAACACCUCUUCACACGGGGCGGAUAUUGCGGGAGGGUGAGGACGUCUGGCCAGAGGUGCAAGAGGAAAUGACCAGAUCUCUGGCUACUAUGCGAGUGGACUAUGAUCAGGUGCGGAUCAAAACCAUAAACAACUCCAACAACCCGCUACUGAACAAACGACGCAAGAAGAGUGCAGCAUCCGCCCUACCUCAAUCCGAAUAAGAGCAUCUCACUCCAAUCGAUUACGCUUUAUAAUCAUAAAUUACAGUAUUUAUGGUAACUUGGUUUACAGACCGACUAGGACAUGAUGAUUCUAUGAUUCCGAUAUGAGAUUCUUUCUUUUCAACAUUCUAUAACUACGGAAUUCUUCGUCCUUGAUUCAGUAUUUUCUUCUUUUUGGAGGGUCGAGCUACAAAUUCCAUUCUGUCGACUACUGUAACAGGACUUGUAACUUGAGAAACCACACGUCUCUUGAUGAGCUCUCAACAUUUGUUGAUUUUGAUUUUAUUGUUUUAAUCUCAUCGCCACAGUCAGGUUUUCUCAAAGAUGAAUAAUAUCAGUUUAUUUCAACAGUUUCUGAAUAUAAACAGUAAUAUACAUCUUUAAAGAUCUAACAAUCACUUGAAUUUCCAUAAGUUGAAUCAGUCUAGAAUACAAAAUUGAAUAAGAUGAGUCAUCCCAACACAGAGGAGAACAGUCCCCUAAUUAAUAAAAUAAUAUUCUAAGAAGGAUAUAGUAUUGGUUUAAGAGAAUUUGUUGUUAUCGGCUUCCAUUUUAAAGUUUUAAUAGUUGAAUAGAGAAUGAAAUUCAUUUUUAAGCAUUAUUUUGAGACGUCGUAUUAAUUCAUUUUGUCAUUGAUGUGAUACUUGCAAGUCAACUUCAUUUUAAGUAUUUUAUUUUAGAUUUAUUGCGGAGUUUUAAUAUCAUAUUGACAAGCAUAAAUAAGGUGUGUUUAGACUAGAAAUAGUUGACAUCUGUACCUCACUAAAUUAUGACGAAUGCUGUUUAACUAAAGCAGUAUAGAAUAUUAUUCUUUAAGUAAUAAUGUUUGAGUUGUACAAUUCCCUAUUAAUUUAAGAUUUUGAAUCAACUAUGUCUUCUGCUGAGAAUUUUGUUACCGUGUAAACGGAGAUUUAUGUAUUUUUAAUUUUAAUAAUAAUUAAAAAUUGACAAUAAUUAUUCAAUGAGUUUGGUAGUUCUGAAUAUUAUUAUUACUUUUAUGACUUUUAUUUUAUUAGGUGCCUGGCAAAUUGAAGGAAAGGUGCUGGGAUUUAUCAUCACAAAAUAAGGGUUUUGGUAGAUUAGAUAAAACUGUCAAAACAGUCUAACAUUUUUUGUGUAACAGAAUAUUAUUGUAUAUUGUUGACAUCCAUUCGAUUGUUUCUUGUCACCUUUCAACGUAUCUAGAUAAUGACUCGAGUCACUGCAGUUUAUUUCUAAAUUCUGGCUGAAUUCCAAUUGAGUUAUGUCUACAAUUGAGUCAUGUAUUCAUGCAAUUGAUUCGUGGUAUCCUCUGUCGUGCAGGAAUAUUCAGCCAAUUUUUAAAUUAAUUAUUCCAAGUAUUGCCGUCCAAAGGUAAUCUAGAUCCUAGAUCAGUCAAGUACAGCAUUGCUAUUUUCAGCAAACUCUGAGCCUUCAAUCAUUCAUAUUGAAUUGCUAUUUUUCCUGGUUUCAUAGUGAUUUCAUCAUUUUUAGGAAAAUUUAUAUAGUCAACUUUAGGUAAUUUCUUGGCAUGAACUAUUCAAUGAAUGUAGCCGUACUUAUGUUGUUUGUGAUAGAUUUUGGUCUAAUGAAGGUAAUAUAAGGAGGUAAAGUAUGUUGAAAAAUAUUUUCACACUGAUUCGAUCUAAAAAUUCGAAAAUACUGUUUAUAUGAGUUACUUUGAAUUUAAUUGAUUUGGGAUUGUUUGUUUAUGUUAAAACAUUUUUGCCAUGAAUUCGAAUACCGGUGUAUUGCAAGGUUUAAAGUUUAUUUUUAAGAGUAUUUCAACCAUAUAAUGUAUUUUUAAUAAGAUAUUAUACUCAUAUAGCUGAUAAUAACUACCCACAGUCAUUACUGAGUAAGGAAGAACAUUUCAGUUGAAACUGUACAUAACUAAACAUUUAUACAAGCUUCGAAUUUUUUUUAUUUGAUGUUACAUGAAAUAAUAGAUACUUUUUAAUGUUAAUAAUCACUCAAUAUUUUUUACAUUGAUGACGGCUGUCGAUGCCUUUCAAAACUAUAGUAGAAUGUUAGCUUUGAUAUCGCUCAACAGAUAUUCAAUUUACCAAUAAAGUGCAAUUGGAAUGAUGUUCAAUGACUAAAAGAAUUUAUUAGGAUCUUCGUGGUUGUAGUAGUUACUUUGCAAGUACGUAUUAAGUGAAUAUUUUUUGCAUUUGGGCCAUCUUGUGAUAGAAUCUAUAAGGAACAAAUUAGCUUGUAAUGAAGAAAGUUUUAACAUUUAUUUGAAAAGUGUAUGAUGUGGUUGUAAAAUAAUGGCCUACUUGUUGUCUAUUCAGUAAAUUAUCACAAAAUUUGAAGAUUGA